GCCUCCCGAGCCGGGGCGAACCAAUUCCUCGGCUCCUGCCCCCAACUGCAGUAUGGAGUCGCCCCGGGGGCGGCCUGGGCCCGAAGCAGGCCUUUUAGCUCUGGGGAAACAGCAAGCCGCGAUCAUCGGCGGCGGCCCGGACCGAACGGCCUCUGAGCCGCCCUCAGGCCUCCGGUUGUCCGAGGAGGAAGAGGCCGAGAACGUUGGGGGCGCGAGCCGCAUCCCCAGGGCGUCCCCGAAGACUUCGAGCUGCAGCUUCGUCCACCCUCCGGAAUGGGAGGCUCCGGAGGAAGAGCCGGGCCGCGGAGGGACGCCUUCUGGAGCAGGGAGCAACCGGGGGGCGCCGGGUCCCGAAAACGACCCGCAUGCAUCCUCCCGGCGCAAGGAGCCCGAGGACAGGCCUGCAUCCGAGGGCGUCUGCCGUCGAGGAAGCCCUGGAGGCGGCGGGUUGGAUGUUGAGCAGGAGAAGGAAGAUGACGAUGAGGCGGCGGCAGCCAGCAGGGCUGGCCGUUCCUUCUCCAGCCGCCUUCAGGACAGCCGCAGCCUGGACGGGUUGAGCGGGGCGUGCGGCGGCGCCGGGUCCUCAGGGGGUGCAGAGUCUGGCGCGGGUGGCGGGCGGCGCGCCACUAUCUCCAGCCCGCUGGAGCUCGAGGGCACGGUGAGCCGCCAUGGCGACCUCACCCACUUUGUCGCCAACAACCUGCAACUCAAGAUCCGCCUGAGCUGCGCCCCUCAACCCCCGCCCCCUGCCCCUGCGCGGCCCUCUUCGGCGCCCCCACUCACUCCGGCCAUUCCUCCCAUCGACCCCGACGUGCUCCGGGACCUGGAGAGGCUGAGUCGGGAGCUGGGCGGCAGGGUAGACCGUCUGCUUCGCGGGCUGGGUGGUGCGGUGCAGGAGCUGACAGCGCUGAGCGUGGGCUGCAUCCAGACCUACCGUGAUGCCGUGGACUCCCUAGGCGAAGCUGUGGACAUGAGCAUCAAGGGCAUGUACACCCUGCUGGCGCGCUGUGAGGAGCUGGAGAGGGCUCUGCAGCCAGUUCAGGGACUGGCGCGCCAAGUCCGGGAUAUCCGACGCACCCUGGAGGUGUUGGAGGCCCUGUGCAAGUGACCGGGAGGGCAGGAGAGGCCUGGCAACGCCAGGGUCCAGCAGGAUCCUAAGGACUCUUCAGGGAGCCCUGGUGGGACUUGCCCGCCGAGGGGAGGCCUGUAUAUUGGAGGCUCUUCCAGAUACAUUUAGCAGGCCCGCGACCACUAGCUGGGCCUUAUGCAGGUGUACACGGGGAAGUUCUAAAGCUUCUCCUGGUGGGUGGGGAUGAUGCUCUGCUUCUAUUCAGUUGGCCAUCUGCAGCUACCUUGUUCUCCCAACUCUCUUCCCUAGUUAGAGCACCAUCUCUGGGAAGCCAGGGCUUUAGGUCUGGGCUUGAGAGACAUGACUGCCAUAUGUUCUCAAGAAAGGAGAACAGUGGAGGCUCCAGCCCCACUGUGGCCACCCUGACCUCCAGUGGUCACAUCUCAGGUGCCAGGGGCUGUGGGAGCUUGAGGGAUCCUUGGCCACACACCAUGCAGACAAGGAUGCACACUUGCAGAUGGAUAACCCACUGCUUCUGCCCUCUGGCCCCCUGCCCUCCCACUUCCCCAGCCAUAACCUGGGUGGAGCUAGAAGGAAUGUACUGCAUGGUAGAGGGGGUGAGUUGGGAGGGGUCUCACUGCUCUCAGGGUUCAGAUAGAAUUGUUGCUGGGUUUGAAGCCCACCUGUUGUGGAGUGUUCUAAUCAGUUUUGGCUUUCUGAGUUUUUGUGGAAUUAAAGUGCUGCUGCUGCUAAG